UUUUGUCUGCUGUAAGGUCAGCCUGAUGAAAGAAGAAGGCAGUAAAAAGAGACCUUCAGCUGGCCCGGUCCCAGGCCUGGUUGCUGAUAACAAAAAGGGCUCUGAAUUGUAAGUUUAAAAAAAAGCAGAUAGAUAAGAGUAGAUAUCAUGCAUAGACUCUCAACCUGGGCUAAGCAAAGCCUGAGUGAGCUUGUUCAGGUUUCAACCCAAGUGAAGCUGGACAAAAUUGUUCAUUUGUAGCUGUUCUUUAUAAAGUUGCAUGCACUCUCUAGCCAAUAUUUUCCACCCUCACAUCCCAAGGGAACCAUCGUAAUGAUAAAAACAAGUGGAGAGAGUGCUGAAUAUCAGUCCUCAAUCACUCCCUCCCAUAGCAAACAACCUAUACAAGUGUCAUGAAAAACUUCCCUGAGUGUUGGCAAAAAGCCGCUCUUGCAGUGUGCUUACGAGUUUAGUUUUUGAGCAUAUUGGUUUAUCGAUGGGAAUAUUUUUAUUCUUAAAAUCACAAGAGGUUGGCAUAACAAAAUAAACUGCCAGGGAUAUUUGAAAUGAAGUGCAUUGUUCUGCUCAAUGAGUCACAUUUACAGACAGAGCCUUUGGAGCUGCCACACCUCUGGCCUUCUACUCUGAAGACACAGUGAACAAGCAGAAAAAAACUAGGGCUGGGAAUUCAGUUUGGGAGAAAAGGCAGCUAAGCUGACCUUUGAACUUUAGGGUAAGACCCUUGGGCAGCCACGUAAUGACCAGCGCCAUCCCAUUCUUCAAGGAGAGCACCAUACUCAAGCACUGCCUGUCGAGAGGGAGCAAGAGGGAAACUGCUCUAGAACAGAAGAGAUGCCUUCUAGAAAACAAGGGUGGGGGAAAGAAUUUUUACACUAUAACCCAGGGCUCCUUCACUAUCUUGUUUUAUUUACUUCUCCUGACUCCAUUCAUUCAGUCAUUCAACAGAGAGUUUACUGAGAUAGGUGCUGGGGAAGUACUGAAUGAAAACAGACUCCAUCCCUUCCCUCAUACAGCAGGAAGCUGACAAUCAAUUAUACAAUAUAAAUGUGACAUUGUUACCAUGAUCAUACUACAAAGGUGAGUUAUCUGAUGCUAUGGAAGCAUGAAAGAAGGGAAUUUGACUUAGUUAUGGAGCUCAGGCCACGCUUCCAGGACACAGCUGGAAUUUGAAGGAAAAGCAGGUGAGAAGAAGCAUGAGAAUAGGAUUCAAGCAAGACAGCAAGGGGAAAAAAAUUCCCUCAACAUCUGUCAACAUUGCAGUGCAAUAUCAAAGCCCAAGUUCAGAAGACUCCAACCUUGGUGGGAAGAAGAGUGACAUCACACUGCCCAUGAAGAUGUUGAAAAGAGACAAUGUUGGUGAAAUCCCUGUUGAGAGCAGGGACAGACCGUUUCCUAACUGCUACACUCCCCUCCCCAGAAAUGUUCCGAGACGGGGCCACAGCAGGGAAGAGUCACAGGUUUUGCUUGCUGUGGACCUCUGACGCUGUGAAUAAAACUUUUUCUUUAGUUUUACAAUAGAUGUCACCGUGCGGCAUUCUUAAACACAAAGAAGAGGGAGAAACGAGGUUACUAAGAUAAUUUAGUAACUAAGAGAGAACAUGAUAUAUUGAAAAACAGUGGAAUUUGGAGUCAGUUGGUUCAUUCUAGUACGAUGAUAAUACUCCCAACCUUGAACAAGUUACUUAGAUUUUUUUGAACAUUAGUUCUGUCACCCAUAAAAUAGGCAUAAUAAAAUCCAUCACUCAAAAAAUGUUAGUUUCUUCUCUCACUGGCUAAUUUUCAUAAUCAGAAUUUCCAAGACUCAUUAUUUUCAUUUGAAAAGUACAAAUUAUACCUGCAUCAGAGGAUUCAUAUUUAAGUGAGUUCAUUUGUAAACUUUAAAGCAUAAGGUAAAUAUCAGGUAUUAUGAAUCAAUCAUAAAAUAUUUGCGAUGGUUACUAUAUAUUAGAUCCUGUUUUUGGUCCUGGAGAAAUGGAGGGUUGACUGAAGCAGGGCCUUGCCCUUAGGAGAGAGCUGAAGGAGAAAUCUAUUCUUCUUCCUGAUGCAGAGAGAAAAGGUAGCAAGGCCAGAGGGAAAGGCCUGCACAGACACCCAAGUUCCUGGCAGUUGGCCCUCCCUGGGGGAUAUCUGAUAUCUGACCUCCAGCCAUCAGCUGAGAGCUUGCCCAGACUAUCUGACCCAAGGGCUGUAGGGACUGGGCUGCAGAAUGGAUUUCUAAAUCUUCAAAAUAAACAGGCAAGGAAAUCUGGCAACAAAUGAAAAAUGACUUGAGGGCAGUAGAAAGUGCUUGUGCCAACUGAUGGAGGAGGUUAUGAAAAAUGCGGAGAGGAAAAUCACUAUAGACUUCUGUGUUUCUACUGCAAGUGGAUUGAACAGUCCAGAUAUACUGAUUUCCAGCCCAGAUUUCCUGCUUUUAAGCUCCUUUGGCCUUAUUUCCCUCUUCUUUCUGAGAAGUUAUAAAAUGAAUGAAGGGCAGAAUGUUUCUUGCCCAACCAUGAUUCAGGAAGCAGCUCAGCCACAGAACAGGCAAGUGUAGCAUCGCCUAGAGGAAAAGGACUUGUAGAGGCAGGUCUCAGAUGGAUCCACCCCAGACUUUUCAAAGAAGACACCUCCUUCAUCUUGUGUUCUAAAACCUUGCAAGUUCAGGAAGAAACCAUCUGCAUCCAUAUUGAAAACCUGACACAAUGUAUGCAGCAGGCUCAGUGUGAGUGAACUGGAGGCUUCUCUACAACAUGACCCAAAGGAGCAUUGCAGGUCCUAUUUGCAACCUGAAGUUUGUGACUCUCCUGGUUGCCUUAAGUUCAGAACUCCCAUUCCUGGGAGCUGGAGUACAGCUUCAAGACAAUGGGUAUAAUGGAUUGCUCAUUGCAAUUAAUCCUCAGGUACCUGAGAAUCAGAACCUCAUCUCAAACAUUAAGGAAAUGAUAACUGAAGCUUCAUUUUACCUAUUUAAUGCUACCAAGAGAAGAGUAUUUUUCAGAAAUAUAAAGAUUUUAAUACCUGCCACAUGGAAAGCUAAUAAUUACAGCAAAAUAAAACAAGAAUCAUAUGAAAAGGCAAAUGUCAUAGUGACUGACUGGUAUGGGGCACAUGGAGAUGAUCCAUACACCCUACAAUACAGAGGGUGUGGAAAAGAGGGAAAAUACAUUCAUUUCACACCUAAUUUCCUACUGAAUGAUAACUUAACAGCUGGCUACGGAUCACGAGGCCGAGUGUUUGUCCACGAAUGGGCCCACCUCCGCUGGGGUGUGUUCGAUGAGUAUAACAAUGACAAACCUUUCUACAUAAAUGGGCAAAAUCAAAUUAAAGUGACAAGGUGUUCAUCUGACAUCACAGGCAUUUUUGUGUGUGAAAAAGGUCCUUGCCCCCAAGAAAACUGUAUUAUUAGUAAGCUUUUUAAAGAAGGAUGCACCUUUAUCUACAAUAGCACCCAAAAUGCAACUGCAUCAAUAAUGUUCAUGCAAAGUUUAUCUUCUGUGGUUGAAUUUUGUAAUGCAAGUACCCACAACCAAGAAGCACCAAACCUACAGAACCAGAUGUGCAGCCUCAGAAGUGCAUGGGAUGUAAUCACAGACUCUGCUGACUUUCACCACAGCUUUCCCAUGAAUGGGACUGAGCUUCCACCUCCUCCCACAUUCUCGCUUGUACAGGCUGGUGACAAAGUGGUCUGUUUAGUGCUGGAUGUGUCCAGCAAGAUGGCAGAGGCUGACAGACUCCUUCAACUACAACAAGCUGCAGAAUUUUAUUUGAUGCAGAUUGUUGAAAUUCAUACCUUCGUGGGCAUUGCCAGUUUCGACAGCAAAGGAGAGAUCAGAGCCCAGCUACACCAAAUUAACAGCAAUGAUGAUCGAAAGUUGCUGGUUUCAUAUCUGCCCACCACUGUAUCAGCUAAAACAGACGUCAGCAUUUGUUCAGGGCUUAAGAAAGGAUUUGAGGUGGUUGAAAAACUGAAUGGAAAAGCUUAUGGCUCUGUGAUGAUAUUAGUGACCAGCGGAGAUGAUAAGCUUCUUGGCAAUUGCUUACCCACUGUGCUCAGCAGUGGUUCAACAAUUCACUCCAUUGCCCUGGGUUCAUCUGCAGCCCCAAAUCUGGAGGAAUUAUCACGUCUCACAGGAGGUUUAAAGUUCUUUGUUCCAGAUAUAUCAAACUCUAAUAGCAUGAUUGAUGCUUUCAGUAGAAUUUCCUCUGGAACUGGAGACAUUUUCCAGCAACGUAUUCAGCUUGAAAGUACAGGUGAAAAUGUUAAACCUCACCAUCAAUUGAAAAACACAGUGACUGUGGAUAAUACUGUGGGCAACGACACUAUGUUUCUAGUUACGUGGCAGGCCAGUGGUCCUCCUGAGAUUAUAUUAUUUGAUCCUGAUGGACGAAAAUACUACACAAAUAAUUUUAUCACCAGUCUAACUUUUCGGACAGCUAGUCUUUGGAUUCCAGGAACAGCUAAGCCUGGGCACUGGACUUACACCCUGAACAAUACCCAUCAUUCUCUGCAAGCCCUGAAAGUGACAGUGACCUCUCGCGCCUCCAACUCAGCUGUGCCCCCAGCCACUGUGGAAGCCUUUGUGGAAAGAGACAGCCUCCAUUUUCCCCAUCCUGUGAUGAUUUAUGCCAAUGUGAAACAGGGAUUUUAUCCCAUUCUUAAUGCCACUGUCACUGCCACAGUUGAGCCAGAGACUGGAGAUCCUGUUACGCUGAGACUCCUUGAUGAUGGAGCAGGUGCUGAUGUUAUAAAAAAUGAUGGAAUUUACUCGAGGUAUUUUUUCUCCUUUGCUGCAAAUGGUAGAUAUAGCUUGAAAGUGCAUGUCAAUCACUCUCCCAGCAUAAGCACCCUAGCCCACUCUAUUCCAGGGAGUCAUGCUAUGUAUGUACCAGGUUACACAGCAAACGGUAAUAUUCAGAUGAAUGCUCCAAGGAAAUCAGUAGGCAGAAAUGAGGAGGAGCGAAAGUGGGGCUUUAGCCGAGUCAGCUCAGGAGGCUCCUUUUCAGUGCUGGGAGUUCCAGCUGGCCCCCACCCUGAUGUGUUUCCACCAUGCAAAAUUAUUGACCUGGAAGCUGUAAGAGUAGAAGAGGAAUUGACCCUAUCUUGGACAGCACCUGGAGAAGACUUUGAUCAGGGCCAGGCCACAAGCUAUGAAAUAAGAAUGAGUAAAAGUCUACAGAAUAUCCAAGAUGACUUUAACAAUGCUAUUUUAGUAAAUACAUCAAAGCGAAAUCCUCAGCAAGCUGGCAUCAGGGAGAUAUUUACGUUCUCACCCCAAAUUUCCACAAAUGGACCUGAACAUCAGCCAAAUGGAGAAACACAUGAAAGCCACAGAAUUUAUGUUGCAAUACGAGCAAUGGAUAGGAACUCCUUAAAGUCUGCUCUAUCUAACAUUGCCCAGGCAUCUCUGUUUAUUCCCCCCAAUUCUGAUCCUGUACCUGCCAGAGAUGAUCUUAUAUUGAAAGGAGUUUUAACAGCAAUGGGUUUGAUAGGAAUCAUUUGCCUUAUUAUAGUUGUGACACAUCAUACUUUAAACAGGAAAAAGAGAGCAGACAAGAAAGAGAAUGGAACAAAAUUAUUAUAAAUAAAUAUACAAAGUGUCUUCCUUCUUAGAUAUAAGACCCAUGGCCUUCGACUACAAAAACAUACUAACAAAGUCAAAUUAACAUCAAAACUGUAUUAAAAUGCAUUGAGUUUUUGUACAAUACAGAUAAGAUUUUUACAUGGUAGAUCAACAAAUUCUUUUUGGGGGUAGAUUAGAAAACCCUUACACUUUGGCUAUGAACAAAUAAUAAAAAUUAUUCUUUAAAGUAAUGUCUUUAAAGGCAAAGGGAAGGGUAAAGUCGGACCAGUGUCAAGGAAAGUUUGUUUUAUUGAGGUGGAAAAAUAGCCCCAAGCAGAGAAAAGGAGGGUAGGUCUGCAUUAUAACUGUCUAUGUGAAGCAAUCAUUUAGUUACUUUGAUUAAUUUUUCUUUUCUCCUUAUCUGUGCAGAACAGGUUGCUUGUUUACAACUGAAGAUCAUGCUAUAUUUUAUAUAUGAAGCCCCUAAUGCAAAGCUCUUUACCUCUUGCUAUUUUGUUAUAUAUAUUACAGAUGAAAUCUCACUGCUAAUGCUCAGAGAUCUUUUUUCACUGUAAGAGGUAACCUUUAACAAUAUGGGUAUUACCCUUGUCUCUGCAUACCGGUUUUAUGACAAAGGUCUAUUGAAUUUAUUUGUUUGUAAGUUUCUACUCCCAUCAAAGCAGCUUUCUAAGUUACUGCCUUGGUUAUUAUUGGAUGAUAGUUAUAGCCCUUAUAAUGCCUUAACUAAGGAAGAAAAGAUAUUAUUCUGAGUUUGUUUUAAUACAUAUAUGAACAUAUAGUUUUAUUCAAUUAAACCAAAGAAGAGGUCAGCAGGGAGAUACUAACCUUUGGAAAUGAUUAGCUGGCUCUGUUUUUUGGUUAAAUAAGAGUCUUUAAUCCUUUCUCCAUCAAGAGUUACUUACCAAGGGCAGGGGAAGGGGGAUAUAGAGGUCAUAAGGAAAUAAAAAUCAUCUUUCAUCUUUAAUUUUACUCCUUCCUCUUAUUUUUUAAAAAGAUUAUCGAACAAUAAAAUCAUUUGCCUUUUUAA